AAUGUGAUGUGCAUGACGCUAGUACUCAAUAUCCUAUUAAACGUUUUUGCAGUUCAUGAUUUGAUAGUUUCCAUCAAACAGGAGAAUGGCAGGUGCUGUAGUACCAGAAAUAAGGAUCCAGCGGCCUUUGUAUGAAAAUGAUCAACUAAGACAGGAUUUGAAUUAUGAAAAAGACCAAACUAAUUUUGUGAACAAAUUAUGUAAGGAAAAAGUUUCUCCAAAAAGUAUUAUAAAAUCAACCAUUCCUGUCCUGGGAUGGUUACCUAAAUAUGAAUGGAGAACGGACCUCUUAUCUGACCUUGCUUCUGGAUAUACAGUGGCUAUCAUGCACAUUCCUCAAGGUAUGGCAUACGCACUUUUAGGAAAUGUACCUCCAGUUGUUGGAAUAUAUAUGGCUAUUUUUCCAGUAUUAGUGUAUUUCUUUUUGGGAACUUCACGACAUGCUUCCAUGGGUACGUUUUCAAUAGCAUGUCUGAUGACAGGAAAAGCAGUACUGGAACAUGCCGAUCCAUCAUACUUUGAUACAGCCAAAGAUACCAACAGUACGGAUGUUGUUAUAACGGGCAUGGGUUAUUCUCCUGUUCAAGUAGCUACUACUGUUACUUUGAUAGUCUCGAUUAUUCAGUUAAUAAUGUUCGCAUUACGACUUGGAGCAGCUACCAACUUAUUAUCAGAUAUGUUAGUAAGCGCUUUUACUUGUGGAUCAGCCUUUCAAAUUGUUGCAACCCAAAUAAAGGAUCUGCUUGGCGUAACUAUGCCAAAAAUUAAGGGAGAUUUUUUGACAAUCAAGAUACUGAAAGUAAUUUUUGAGGAAAUUGGACAAACAAACUAUGCCGCUCUGAUUAUUUCUGCAAUCACAAUCACAAUAUUGGUGAUUAAUAAUGAAUUCCUUAAGCCAUUGGUAGCAAAAAAAUCAUCUAUACCCAUCCCAAUAGAACUGAUUGUAGUAAUAAUUGGAACACUGUCCUCCCAAUACCUAGAUUUUCAUGUAAAUUAUGGAAUCAAAAUUGUGGGCGAUAUUCCUACAGGAUUUCCUCAACCAGAAUUGCCUCCAAUUGAUUUGGUACCAUCGGUCCUUGUAGACGGAGUAUCAACUGCCAUUGUUUCUUAUGCCAUAUCGAUGUCCUUGGCAAUGAUAUUAGCCCAAAAAGCCAAUUAUGAAGUCGACGCAAAUCAGGAGUUAUUGGCAAUGGGUGUUAGUAAUGCACUGGGAUCAUUCGUCUCGUGUAUGCCGCUUUGUGCUUCAUUAUCCAGAUCAAUGAUCCAGCAGGUAGUUGGUGGUAAAACGCAAAUAGUAUCAAUUGUUUCUUCGAUGUUAUUGAUUGUUACUAUUCUUUGGAUUGCUCCAUUUUUUGAAUCUCUUCCUAAAGCUGUUUUGGCUGGUAUUAUCGUAGUCUCGCUAAAAGGAAUGUUGGUGCAAGUAACUCAGCUUGUAUCUUACUGGAAACUCAGUAAGUUCGACGCCUUAGUUUGGAUAACAACUUUUAUAUCAGUUGUGUUUAUAAGUAUGGAAAUUGCGUUAAUAGUUGGAAUAAGCUUAUCACUUCUAUCCAUCUUUAUUGCUAGUUUCAAACCUUACACCUGCCUUUUGGGAUCUGUACCACAUACCGAUCUUUAUUUGGAUAUGAAUAGAUACAAAGGGGCAAAAGAAAUAGAAGGAUUAAAAAUAUUCCAUUAUUGUGGAGGAAUUAACUUUGCUACCAAAGGUAUAUUCAAAAGCGAAUUGUACAGACUUAUUAACCUUAAUCCUCAGAAGGAACUUAUUUCUCGUGAAAAAUUGGAGAAGAUUAUGAAUAAGGAUCUACCUCCAACUGAGUACAAAGAAAAAGUUAAAAAAUUGGAAAGUAAAAUAAAUAGAGAUCUCAAAUGCAUAAUCUUGGACUUUUCUUCGGUGAGCUGUUUAGACCCAUGUAGUGUCACCAUGUUGAAAAAUGAAAUGGCCGAAUUUAAAAAGCUUGAUAUUACGUUCUAUAUUGCAGCAUGCUCUGACGAUAUCUAUAACUUGUUAAACAAAUGUGGAUUACUUUCAAAAGAAAAGGAGUCCCUUAGGGUUUUCCCAAGUAUACACGAUGCUGUGCAAGCUGCAAGUUAUGCUAUGAAAAUUCCAAUUGAGCUUCAAGUUAGAGUAUUGCCAAAUACUCUGAUUGUAAAUGAAGAAAGUUGAGACAUUUCACAUGAUAGCCAGUAAGGGAUUAAAGUUACAUUUACGCUAUUUUUAUGAAGAAAGCAACAUUUUAAACGUGGAAUUACUCAGCUGUCCAACAGAACACAACUGAUGUUAAACUUUACGUAAAAUGGUUCUCAAAAUGCAGGGAUAAAACUCGCGUUAUAGCGACGUAAACGAUAUUAAGAUAUAUAUGAAAUUGUAAAAAUGUAUAUAAAUUAUUUAUUAUUAGUAUGUAGAUAAAAAGUAAAGAAAUCUUUUACAUU